AAACACCAAUAAAUGUCCUGUAAUCUCUAUGCAUCAAUGAAAACGCGCUCUCUACCUCCUUACAAGACCAUGCACAACGCGUCGUCAUCCAUAACCCACUACCCCCAUUUCGCAACGGCAAACACACUCACAAUCGCCGACCCAGCUCCGCCACCCAAACCUCUCUAAAAGUGGCAAGCGUUCACCCGCGAUUGCAUCAUCCGCCAUAUCUCGACGACAGCUGCGGGGCGCGCAUACAUAUUAACCAAUCUACCACUCCUCUACCUACCUCUUCCAGCGAUUCCAAAUCUUCUACAAUCUCCCACCUACAAUCCCCAAAAAACCGCAACCACGUCGUUCCUGCGCACCUUCUUCACGCGCGCGCCCUCCCCCGCCACAAUGUCCGCCACAAAGACAAAAGUCCAGUCCAUCAUCGACGAGAACGCCGUCGCCGUCUUCUCGAAGUCAUACUGCCCUUACUGCCGCCAGGCGAAGCAAUUGCUCAGCGACAGCGGCGCCAAGUUCUUCGCCAUCGAGCUGGAUCAGGUUGAUGAUGGAUCAGCUAUUCAAUCUGCCCUUGGCGACUUGACGGGCCAGACCACCGUCCCCAACAUCUUCAUCGCCCAGCAGCACAUUGGCGGAAACUCGGAUCUGCAGGGCAAGAAGAAGCAGCUACCUUCGCUGCUCAAGGAUGCUGGUGCCAUCUAA